AUGCCAAGCAUUUUCCGGACGCGAGUACAGAGAGCUGCCUUCCAUAGAGACCACCACCGCCAGAGCCUGCUUGAUAUUUACCGUAUCUCCUCCUCGACCUCAGAUUCCAGGGCCCAGACCAUCGACGACACGCCGGCGGACCUCAUCCUCACCGCUCUUACUCCAUCCACCCCAACAUCUAGCUCUCCUUCACCACAUAGCUCUCGUCUUUACAGUUCCUCUACGGAGGUUCUUCUGGGCAUCACCGGCAAAGACUUCACCAUCGUCGCCGCAUCGAAGGCUGCGAUGCGAGGUGCCACGAUUCUCAAGGCCUCCGACGACAAGACCAGAGCUCUCAACUCACACUCCUUAAUGGCGUUCUCGGGCGAGGCUGGCGAUACCAUCCAAUUCGCCGAGUACAUCCAGGCAAACAUCCAGCUCUACUCCAUGCGCAACGCCAUGGACCUGUCCCCCUCGGCGACCGCAAACUUCGUGCGCGGCGAGCUCGCCCGCGCGCUGCGCUCGCGCAAGCCCUACACCGUGAACCUGCUGCUCGGCGGCUACGACCAGAUCACGGACAAGCCGUCGCUGUACUGGAUCGACUACCUAGCGAGCUUGGCGCCGCUGCCAUAUGCUGCACACGGAUACGCGCAAUACUACUGCCUCUCCAUCCUCGACAAGCACCACCACCCGGACAUCACCUUCGAGCAGGGCAUGAAGAUCCUGCGCAUGUGCACCGACGAGCUCAAGCGCCGCUUGCCCGUCGACUUCAAGGGCGUCUUGGUCAAAGUGAUAACGAAGGACGGCAUCCGGGAAGAGGAGUACGCAGACGACCACAGCGUGGCAUGUCCGUGA